CUCUUGUAAUCGAACGUUUGGACAAAUUUCUCUGAUCCAAAAAAAUGAGCCAAGAACAGCCGAGGAGGCCCGUCGAGGAUGAGCAGCAGGGGGGUGAACAAUACGGCGACUCUUAUCUCGAGCUUGCGGCGAAGGUGGUGGCUGAUAAGGAUGCAGACUCCGCCGUGCAGAGCCCCGUCGGUCUGAAGCUUAUUAAUGCAGAUGACUUCAGCACUAAGAAGACUGAACAUCCCGGACGGCGAGUUGUUCCCGAGUCAGUCGGCGGACAGGGUACGAGUCAAAAUUCAAGGCAAGUAGAUGAAAAGGAAAGGAAAAUCUGUGAAUUAGCUAAGGUUGUUGCGCAAUACAGCCAGAGAGGUCCUUUGUCAGCACUAAUAACCGGUCAACCUAUUGGCGGUGCUAGCAGUCAAAUCACCAUCGGCGAAGCCUUGGAGGCGACCGCCAUGACGGCUGGACAGAAGCCGGUGGAGUGGAGUGAUGCGGCCGCAAUUCAAGCCGCCGAGGUUAGAGCCACUGGCCGAACCAACAUUGUACCCGGUGGUGUCGCUGCCGCAGCUCAAUCGGCGGCAACUCUCAAUGCUAGGGCUACGCGUGACGAGGACAAGACAAAACUUGCUGAUAUCCUUGCGGAUGCAACUUCAAAAUUACCGGCAGACAAACCGGCGACACGAAGGGAUGCUGAGGGGGUGACGGGUGCAGAAAUGCGAAAUGAUCCAUAUCUGACCACCCAUCCCACCGGUGUGGCAGCUUCGGUGGCGGCCGCUGCUAGGCUCAACCAGGGUAAUAGCAUUGAAGGAACAAAAUAGCUGCAUGCCUUGUAUGUAUUUGGAGGAAGUGAAAAGAUUGAGUAAAAUUUAAAUAGUGGAUUGUAUUGCAUGUGUUUUGAUUUGUAGCGAUCAAUGUUUUCCAAUCUUAUGAGGGGAGAACUUAAUAUGUACAAAUGUAGUUUUCUUGUGUAUAUGAAUAAAUGAUCCAAAUACAUGAUUAUGUGAAUAAAUUUGAGGUUCCCAAUUUUUUUUUUUUUUUGAAAAGGUUGAGGUUCCCAA